GGAAGGGACGUUUUGUUUGACGCCACUUCGCUGUCUUCAGAGGGUCGGGCUGACUGGCAGUCCUGUCGUGGCAAAGUCUGAGGGACAGUGACUUUCCCGAGGCAGCGAUCCCGCUGGGAGGGGGAGGCUGCCACCGUAAGCUACCGCUGACUUCCCUAACCCACCACACCCUCCGAGGAAGGCCGGAACUGAGGAAGAACGCCUUCCCACCCCUACCGACCUCCCAAACUUAACCAGCGAUCAUCUUUCCCCACCCCGCCGCCGCAGAGACGGUGCCGAGGUAGGAUAAUGAAGGAAGAGGUGAAGGGCAUUCCUGUAAGAGUGGCACUGCGAUGUCGCCCUCUGGUCCCCAAAGAGAUUAAUGAGGGCUGCCAGAUGUGCCUUUCCUUCGUACCCGAGGAACCUCAGGUGGUGGUUGGUACUGACAAAUCCUUUACCUACGAUUUUGUGUUUGACCCCUCUGCUGAACAGGAGGAAGUAUUCAACACAGCAGUAGCACCACUCAUAAAAGGCGUAUUUAAAGGAUACAAUGCAACUGUCCUGGCCUAUGGGCAAACUGGCUCUGGUAAAACCUAUUCGAUGGGAGGUGCAUACACUGCAGAGCAAGAAAAUGAACCAACAGUUGGGGUCAUUCCUAGAGUAAUACAGCUGCUCUUCCAAGAAAUUGAUAAAAAGAGUGACUUCGAAUUUACUCUGAAAGUAUCAUACUUGGAGAUUUACAAUGAAGAAAUCUUGGAUCUUCUGUGCCCAUCUCGUGAGAAAGCCCCUCAAAUAAAUAUACGGGAGGAUCCUAAAGAAGGCAUAAAGAUUGUGGGACUCACUGAGAAGACUGUUUUAGUUGCCCUGGAUACUGUUUCCUGUUUGGAGCAGGGCAACAACUGUAGGACUGUGGCCUCCACAGCUAUGAACUCCCAGUCAUCCCGAUCUCAUGCCAUCUUUACCAUCUCCAUAGAGCAAAGAAAGAAAAGUGACAAGAAUAGCAGCUUUCGCUCCAAGCUGCAUCUUGUAGACCUUGCUGGAUCAGAAAGACAGAAGAAGACCAAGGCCGAAGGGGAUCGUCUAAAAGAGGGUGAGAAUAAUUAA